AUGUCUAACAAACUGAAUCGAAUCGACUACACGCAAGUGGGUCUCACCUCCAAGAACUCGUUCAAACUCAUCAAACAAGGCAUCGCCAGUCCAGACAAUGGCACCAUUGCUGCGGUGGUGGGCGACCACUCGGGGUCUGUUCACUGCUUUACUCUCAGACCCGACUCCACUAAUAUCGACACUAUUUUCAAAACACUUCCCGGUCCAAAUGCCAAGAUUAGUUGCAUUGAAGUGAUCAAUAGCUCCAACAGCGGGGGUUCGCCUAAGAUUCUCGUUGCUUUCGGCUCAUCAGUGAUCAGGGGUUACAACAAGAAAGGCAAACAGUUUUUCGGUUUAGAGUUGAAUAACUUAACGGAACCGAUAAAGAGUCUGAAGAUGCGGUGGCCAAACGAGAUCUUCAUUAGUGGUCAUUAUAUUUACAACAAUUAUAUCAUCACUGAAUCUGACAGUAAAAGUGGUUCCGGUGUUCAGAGCAAAAACUACUAUGUCUGUCCCGAAAAGAUUAAUGAAUUGAUUCUCAUUGAAGACAAACAUAACAGACGAACAGUGCCGGUGCUGGCCUGUCAGGACAGACUACUUCGCAUUAUAAAGGACUCUUCGUGUCAGUACGAGGUCGAGAUCUCAGGCAUUCCUAAUGCAUUGCUUUGGAUGCACUACUCGGCCAAUGGUAUCAAUGAAACCCUUGUCUGUUAUGGUACACUCGAUGGAAAGGUGGCUCUCGUUUCCAUUGAUUUCAGUAAAAAACCUUUGGAACCGUUGCACAAAUGGGAAAUCCCUGAGAAGGGGUCAAAACCAUCGGUUACCUGCAUAUCAAUAGCCGAUUCGGCCGCAGAAUUAUAUAUCGGAAGAUCUGACGGAAACGUUGAGAUUUGGUCGUUCACUGAGACGUUGAGCGAAAACGGAGAGGAAAUGAUUGACUUAAGUCUUGCGCCUAUUCUUAGAGACCAACACAACUGUGGAGAGAGCCUGACCUCCAUAUUGGUCUGCAAUUACGGGAAUCUGAUUCUGGGCUCGACUUUCACUGGAGUUAUCUUCGGAUUAACCAGAAAUGAAAUGAUUAAUCAAAAACUUAAUCCCAAUUAUCUACUCAUCAGUAAAGACACGGCUAUGAAGAUUGAGACGCUUAGGGAUGAAUGCGAGCGCUUGGAGCAGAAGUUGACUCAAGAGAGGGAUAGGUAUCAAGAGUUGACAUCCAAAGGCGCCUCCGAUGAUGGAGACGCUCCAGAUGUGGGCGUCUCAGCGCUGCCUUACUUUGCUAUAAAUGACUCGUUUAUUCUUCAGGAGGAAUUAACCACAACUCUAGACGCGUCUUAUUUGUUGACUCUGGAGGUGGAGAUAGCCAUCGAUGCGGUCAUCGUUCAGAGCGAUAUUCCGUUGGAUCUAAUAGACUGUGAACGCAAUUCUGCUGUCAUUAGUUUCAAUGAUAACACAUCUCCACAAGUUUUGGUGACUUUUAGAUGUCAGGCAAACACUACUCGAUUGGAGAUCAAAAUCCGGUCCAUUGAAGUACGGUUUAUUGCGGGCAUACGUUAUGACAAGAGUGUCACCAAAAUCCGCUCAAAUGAAAACCUAUAA